CGAUCAUGGAAACGGUGAAGACGCACAGCGGCGAGGACCUGCACCUCUCGCUCGACGCGCUCCUCGGGUCGCCGCAUGAUCGCAUCCUGUACAUGUACCUCUGCCAGCACGGGCUCGAGGCCGUCUACAACGUCGUCGCCGACAUCUACAAGUACAAGCGGCAGCCCGACGCGGCCAAGCGCCAAGAGCAGGCCGAGGCCAUGGUGCGCAGCCACUUGAUGCCCCCGGAUGCGCGCCUUACGUCGUGCCUUGACGGCGGUCUGCUAACAACCCUCCUCGACGCGGUCGACCAGCGGACGACGACGCUCGACAUGUGGCACGAGCUCGACACGUGCAUCAAGGCGACGCUCGAGUGGUCGACCUUCUUUGGCAGCGAUAUGUUUGGCGACUUUUGCAACGCGAUCCGCGAGCGCUACCCGCUGACGUUGCAGGAUGUGCUUUGCGAGUGCAACCCGAUCAAGCUCCGGUUCCUCGAGCAGUGGCUGCGCACGUUCCACCCGAAUGGCGUGAGCAACCUCCUCUUCUGGGUCGACGUGCAAACAACGUUCGUACCGCUCGUGUCGCCGUCCAUGACGUUCUCGCUGAGCCUUUUCGAGGAGAUCCAAGUGACGGUCCGCCGCCUCUUCAACGUCUACUUGGCCGAAAACAACCACUCGAUCGUCUCGGACGAGACGAAGAAGGACGUGCUCUCACGCAUCCUCAUGUACCAAGGCGAGCCAUUCUCGCCCCAGCGCUACGUGAGUCUCUUCAAGGGAGCGCAAGACCAAGUGCUCAAGUGGCUCAGCGCCAAGAUUUUCCCCAAUUUUCAAAAUUCUCUCCACUGCAUCCAGCUCCUCGUCGAGCUCGCGUGGCUCGACGACGACCUUCUUGGCCGAAAAGCAUAUGCGCCCAAGCGCGACCCCAAGCACCUCGUGCUACUGCCGCUCUCGCCGGCUCUUGACGAGCAUUCGUCUGCGCUGCCCAAAGGCUUUUGCAUCGAGAGCUCACUGCCCGCGUCCGCAUACAACGUGGUCUGCGCGACCGAUGCGCUCCUCGACCUCCACGUGAUUGUGUUUGGCAUCGGCGUUGCGCCCGCCAAGACGACCAGCACGACGUUCUAUGCGACCGUGAAUGACACGGCGUUCCAGUACGAGUUCCAUCUGUGCUGCGGCGCCGACGACGUGCACGACGACAUCAAGCAAUUCUGCCUCGUGCGGGACCGCCUUCCGGUCGUCUUGCGACCGCGUCGCAGCAGCCCCGAAGCGCCCCGUGUCCACGCCUUUGCGUGUCCGACGCUGACGGGCAUCCGGUACGGACUUUGCUUGACGACAUGGCGCGUCAACAACGAGAUCGAUCCCGACCAGCUCGUCUUCCUCCCCAUCUUCACGUGUGUGCUCACGUCGACGUCGUUCUGGCACCUCGCACCGUUUCUUCAAGCGUCCUUGCCGUCCAUUCCGCACGACACGAAGGAUGCCUCCGUGUGGGUCAAAGCCGUCGAAGACGCCCAUCGGCAGUACCACGAAGCUCAGCAGCGCCAGCGCGAGAUCGUCUUACAGCCACUGUAUCGCGCGUUUACGCUCAGUAUGCAGCUGCCGCCCGCCCAAGCGGCCGACGACGUCCCGAGCGCCCUCUUCCGCGACCUCAACGUCCAGAACAUUGUGCUGGCAUUGACUGCGCUCCUCGUCGAGCACCGGGUGAUUCUAAUCGCGCGCCAACGCGACACGCUCUUCACCGGCGCCGAGUCGCUUCUCCGGCUCUUUGCCCCCUUCCGCUUCAAACAUACGUACUUGCCCUUCUGCCCGACCAACGUCGCCGCGCAGCUCAAGCACGAAGGGCCCCUCUUGAUCGGCCUCGAGGCGUCGAUCCACCUUCGCCGCGCUGAGAACCACACGCACCGCAUUCGUAGCAGCUUGAGCAACCUCCAGCGUGCCAACAUCGUUCUCAAGACACCGGACGAGUCCUUUACGUACCCGAGCGAGCUCUACGCAGCGCGGACCGUCCUUGUCGACCUUGACCACGACGAAGUAUACACACCGUUCAAACAAGACUUGCCCGAGCUGCCUCUGGCCAAAGUGCGCAGCCUCGAACUCGCUUUGCGCGCCGUGCAGCACCCGCAACUCGCCCACGCCGACACGUAUCUCUUUGCACCAGCCCCCAGUGUCGGUGCGGCCGUCGCCGACGUCGUGUCGUCUUCGUCGCUCUCGGAUGUCAAGACGUCUGACGCGCUCUGCGUCUGCUUUCUCGGCUUUCUCACGAGUCUCUUUGGGUCGGUCCCGCAGCACUUGGCGACAAUUCCCAAUCAAAUCGACCUCGGGACGCACGAGCCUGCGCUGCAGCACGUGCGGCACCAUCCAACGCUGCCCGACGCGCCGUUCUACGACCAGUUUCUCGCGUUUGACGCGGAAGGCUUCCUGGAUGCGCACAUGGAAAUGGGCUGCCGCGAUUUCUUCCGCCAGGUGUUUGCGACCGAGGCCUUUCACGAUCUCUUGCGUCGGCAGCGCCAGCGCUUUGUCCCAGCGCAAGUAUCGCCGAGUGCGGACGAAGACCCCAAGGUCGAGGCCAACUAAGGCAUCUCUACGCGUAUGUACACCGCACGAGCUGUCGGCAGACAAGACUAGGCGACUGUAACCCUACCCCGCAAUGUACGAAACCAAUAUACUCGUAUCCACUUUACUCCAA